CCACUUGGGGUAAAUUGCCUAUAAUAAAGUUUUUGGAUUGUUGGAAAUAUGAGCAAUUUACCAAAUGAUUUUAUUAUUAGAUAAAGCAUGACUAAUAUAACAGUGACAAAACAAGCCAUGCGAUUUGACAAAGAAACGGUAAACAGCAUCUUCAUAUAUGAAGAACGUAGUAGCAUCGCAGUGAUCGGAACUUUGUGCUCGGCUCAUUCCCGCAACCCGCGGCGAGGCGGGCGGCCGAGGAGGAGCGCGCAUGGAUGUCCCUCCUGUUCUCAUGCUCAUACAUGUGGGGAAAGAACCUCCUUAUAAAGAGGUCCAACUCCCUCUAAACUAGCAAUGUGGGACUAAACUUUUGUUCCACCUCUUGCCUUGCAUGAAUGGGCUGUGUGGGCCUCUAAGAUUUAUUAGGAAUUUCUGAAACUGCUAUUGGGCUAGGCCCAAAAUAGACAAAAUUCCAGCACAAGAGGAGUAGGAAGAGGAUGAAGCAUCACAGCGAAAUCAGGAAGAAUAGCGACAGCGAUGGCCCCUCAGACUCUAGUGACAUUAGGGAUUUGAGCUCGCAUGCGUGGAGGAGUCGAUCAAGAAGCAGUGAGGAGGAUCUCUCAUUGCACACGCGGAGGAAGGGUCGCCGUGGUCAUGAUUCAUGAUGCAGCUGUAAUAUCUGAUCAUUUGGUCGCUAGACUGACAAGUUUGGUUUUUAGACGAUCAAAUGUGGUGUAGAUGCCAGUAGCUCAUGCAGUGGUCCUUGCGAGCCUUGCUUUCUAAACCUCUUCUUUUCUUCUCCUCUUGGCCGAUGCGGUUCUUUUUCCGGAUAGAGAUUUCUUGCAAAGCAAAAGGCUUGUACUAAUUUUGGUAAUUUAGAGUUGUUUACAUCUCACCCUCGGUUACGCCAUGGAAUUCCACUGACUUUAUGCUAAAGAGAAUCUCCAACGCAUUCUCUAAACUUAUAAAACUCCCAAUAAUUCUGGGUAUUGGUACACUUCAACUAGUACAUUCUUUAAACUCAAUCCCAGUAAUUUUUCCUCUGCCAUUUCUUCCAUAUUUUGCAUACAUAUACCUCAGUUUCAAAAUUAUAUUUAUUCCAUUGAGCCUCGCACUUUAUUCAAAGCACUUUUUUUUUGUGAGCAACCCUAGCCACGCACUUCGGCCUGGUAGCUACUUUUUUUUAGGGCUGGCCUGGUAGCUACUAGGCGGGCUGCGUGGGUCUGAGCUACUGUGUUCGCUAGGCCUUUGGGAUCCCACAGCCCGAUUUCUGUAUGUCUCGUGGUAUACAGACGCCGCCCAUAUAUUCUCCAAAAAAAAAACGCCGCCCUUCUGGGGACAAGCCUUGGUGAUCGAGGAGAAGGGUGGAGAUGCAGAUCGGCGCCGGCGGCGACUGCGCUGGUACGUACUGUACGUGCCUUCUAUCUCUUCGAUUCCUCUGUAGAUAGAUCCACAGGCCGACUCGGAGCGUGGGUGUUGUCUUCCGCCGGAGCAUAUACACACAUAAAUAUGGGUGUGGAGAUCGCCUGAGCUUCUACCGGAUCACGUCGAUUCCGCUGGACGACGCCAUUUGCCGAUGCACAGCAUGAUGAACAGCUCGAUGAAGGUCACCGAUGUCAACAUGGAAACAGAGGUGCCUGAGCUUCUUCUUGUACCAAAUCAUGUCGAUUCCAACGGACGCCAUUUGCCAAACCACAGCCCGAUGAAGAUCACCGAUGUGGAUAUGAAAAUAGAGGCGCUAACAAAUUACAUCAACCUCAGACGAGUAGGAGGAGAGGGGGGCAGUAUGAAUGUGGGGAACAAGAAGACCAAGAAGAAGAUUUUCCGUGUGCCCCAGGACGAGCUGGAUGAGAUUCUUUUGUACCAAGCGGCGCCGGCGCCCGCUUGGCAGAGUGCGGCCAAACGCUAUCCUUGGGUCGUCGCCGAGAUGGAGAAGAUCAAGGUAGGCUUUCUCGCCGGGCAGGACAAGAUGAGGCGGCAGUACGAGGCCCUGGGCUACGCCACGUUUGAAGCGGAGGUCACCGAUGAUGAGCAGGAGGAAGACGCGGCAGUGACGACUCCUUAUCAGGACAAGGAUGAAACAUUGACGACAUCUUUUCAUGAGCGGAACGAUGAUGCAGCAGUGACAACUCCUUACAAGGAGAACUUGGAGAAGGAUGAAACAUCAGCGGCAUCUUUUCAUGAGAAGAAUGACGAUGCACAAGCAGCAGCAGUGACGACUCCUUACAAGGAGAAGGAUGAAACAUCAGCGGCAUCUUUUCAUGAGGAGAAUGACGGUGCAGCAGCGACAACUUCUCCUUGGAUCACUCCACGAGGAAGAGGCCGAAGAAGAUUUCGCCCGGGAGUCGUCAAGCAAGCAUGCGGUGUUAAAAAGAUAACUUAGGAGUUGUUUCGUUAGGUUUAACUUUGACUUUUCAAGUUUGAUUUGUAAGUCAAAAAAAUAUCUAUUUAUGUGUUUUGGUUGUGGCUCAUAUUCAACAAUAUUCAGUCAUAAGCCAUAAGCCAAAGCCAAAGCCAAAAACACGUUGUUUUUCUAACUUACAAGGUAAACUCUAAAGUGAGAAUUAAGCCUUACUAAGCAUCACAGUAGACGUAGUUGUUGUUUUCGGUGUGUUUAGCUUUUGUUGUUGUAGUAGUUGGUUGCAGUUUUUGAUAAUGUACCAUGUCAUGUUUUUAAUAUCAUUUUUUUUGGUUAAAGC